CCCAUCGUGCGACCUGGCAGGUAACGUAAACCCUCGAGAUACUCAUACGUCUCUGUGUGUCUGUGUGUUAGGUUGUUCGUGGGAUGUGUGCGCGGUGUUCAGGUUUCUGUCUGCCCCCUUCCCCCCCUGGUGUUCAGGUUUCUGUCUACCCCUUUCCCCCCUCCCCCUCCCCCUUCGGCAGCAGGGGCGUCGGAGACGGCGGGUCCAGCAGGAGGGACGUCGAAGAUGGCGUAUCCAGCAGCAGACGCGUCGAAGAUGGCGGGUCCAGCCGCAGGGGCGUCGAAGAUGGCGGAUCCAGCAGGAGAGGCGUCGGAGACGGCGGAUCCACCCGCAGAGGCGUCGGAGACGGCGGAUCCAGCCGCAGAGGCGGCGGAGACGGCGGGUCCAGCCGCAGAGGCGGCGGAGAUGGCGUAUCCAGCAGCAGAGGCGUCGAAGAUGGCGGGUCCAGCCGCAGGGGCGUCGAAGAUGGCAGAUCCAGCAGGAGAGGCGUCGGAGACGGCGGAUCCAGCAGCAGAGGCGGCGGAGACGGCGGGUCCAGUCGUGUUCAUCAGCGAAUGAAUGGGUGAAUGAGUGAAUGAGUGGUGUGCGUGUGUGCGGGGAGGUUUGCCCCAGUCGCU